AUGAAUGUCGAUAUUAAUGCAAAUAACGAAAAUGUGUCAAAAGAGACUAAAAAUAUUGAAGAUAUUUCAUCGAUUGAAGAGUUAGAUAUGGAAAACAUGAAUCUCUAUAGAGGAGAGACACCAAUUGAUAUUAAAAAUCAAUGUUUGAAGAUAUGCAAGGAUUAUCUGUCGGGUGAAUGGAUUCAACAAACAGUGGACACCAUUACUGUCACACGUAUUACCGGUGGACUCACUAAUCAAAUAUAUUAUUGUGGUAUUAAUGAACCAAAUCAGACAUCAAAUGUACCCCAAGAAGUGGCGGUUAGAUUUUAUGGAGAAAAACAUAUCAAAAAUAGUAGCGAUAACUAUGAAAGACUUCCCGAUGUUAUUAUUGAUUUGAUGGUAUCUGAAACUAAACUUGGUCCUAAAGUGUAUGCUAUAUUUGAGCAUGGACAGUUGCAAAAAUAUUAUAAGCACCGACAGUUUAAACCUGAAGAACAAAAUAAUCCCAAACUGGUUGAUGAGGUGUUCCGCAAAUUGGCCCGAAUUCACGCCAUGAAUGUACCAAUAAAUCGUACAUUUAAUUGGAUGACUACUGAAUUAGACGGCGCCUAUAAACUUGCAUUUGAAGGCAGUUUUGAUGUAAAAUCAAUGUUUGAAAAAUAUAAUUGCGAAACACUAUUGACUGCUGAUAUGAAAAGUGAGGUUCAAUUUAUCAAUGAAUUGGUAGUAAAAGCCAACAGUCCUCUUGUGUUUACACACAAUGAUUUUAGAUCAAGUAAUCUAUUAAUUACCGAAUCGGUCGAUAAAUCUGACGGUCCUAUAGUUGUCUGUGAUUUUGAAUACGGAUCAUACGGUUAUAGAGGUAUGGAUUUUAUGCCAAUUCUUCGAGAAUGGGGUCGAAAACAAUUAGAUUUCAGUGUUGAUGGCAUACCUCAUGAGGAUUCAGUGAUUAGACCAUUGAUCGAGAUUUAUGUCGACGAAUGUCAUCGUAUUUAUGGUGAAGAAUAUUCUGCAAAUACUAUCAAUAGUAAAAAAGCCGAUCUCCUGGAUGUUUGUGUCGGCAAAACUGUUUGA